CUCCCUUCUCUCCUCUCGGCAGUGAGACUGUGGUGAAGUUUGAUCCCUAUGGCGACGGGAUGGGACGUUACAACAUCUUCAGUUACCAGCGCAACGCUGAUCGCUAUGGCUACGUGCCCAUCGGAGAGUACUGUUGUUGGAUCUGUACUGCAUGUGAGGCUCAUGAGUACCUAGCUGAUGAGUUCACCUGUUCGCCCUGCGCCCCCGGCCAGUGGCCCAGUGAAGACCUCACUUUCUGCUAUGACCUGCCCGAGGACUACAUCAUGUGGGAGGACGCCUGGGCCAUCGGACCCAUCAGCAUCGCCAUUGUCGGGUUCCUCUGUACAUCUCUGGUGUUCUGGGUGUUUGUGAGACACAACAACACGCCCCUGGUGAAGGCGUCAGGCAGAGAGUUGUGUUACAUCCUGCUGCUGGGUGUCUUCAUGUCCUACUCCCUCACCUUCCUCUUCCUGGCCAAGCCCUCUCCUACUAUCUGCGCCAUGCGACGCCUCGGCCUAAGCACCUCAUUCGCUGUCUGCUACUCAGCCCUGCUCACUAAGACCAAUCGGAUCGCCCGGAUCUUCAGCGGGGUAAAGGACGGGGGCGGGACCACAAGGCCUCGCUUCAUAAGCCCCACCUCUCAGGUGUUUAUCUGUCUCAGUCUGAUAUCGGUCCAGUUAGUGAUGGUGUCUGUGUGGUUGCUGCUGGAGGUUCCUGGUACCAGGAGAUUUACGUUACCGGAGCGACGGCAGACAGUGAUCCUGAAGUGUAACGUCCGUGACUCCAGCAUGCUGCUGUCACUAGUAUAUGACGUGCUCCUGGUCAUCCUGUGUACCGUUUAUGCCUUCAAGACCAGGAAGUGUCCAGAGAACUUCAAUGAGGCUAAAUUCAUAGGAUUUACCAUGUACACAACCUGUAUCAUCUGGCUAGCCUUCCUGCCCAUAUUCUACGUCACAUCCAGUGACUACAGGGUCCAGACCACCACCAUGUGUAUCUCUGUCAGUCUCAGUGGUUUCGUGGUGUUGGGCUGUAUGUUCGCUCCCAAGGUUCACAUCAUCAUGUUUCAACCACAGAAGAACGUCACCAGUCUCCGCCUCAAUAUCAACCGCUUCAGUGUCAGUGGUCCUGCCACCACAUGCGCUUCACACGUGAGUGCCCAGUAUGUACCGACUGUGUGUAAUGGGAGAGAAAUUGUUGACUCCACCACUUCCUCUCUGUGACCCCACCCACUCACCUCUCUAUCCCCACCCCUCAGAGACUUAGUCAAUAGGCACACAUUGUGCCCCCUGUCCCUUCUCCCACCACGUGGACUACCACAGUACCAUUUCAUGUCUGUAGAAAGUGUGCAUUAUGAUUCAAUUAUUUUCUAGUGCUGUACAUAUCAUGGAAUCAACAUUGUUGUAGACAUACAAAAGAACAAGAGAAAAUUUGUAGGAGGAUUUUUUGACGCUUUGUUUUUGAUAGCUUUGUUAAAAGGUUGUGUUAAUUUAUUUAUAACUGUGUUAGGGUUGUGAUAGGAAUGUGUUAGGGUUGUGAUAGGAGUGUGUGUGAUAGGAGUGUGUGUGUGUGUGUGUGUGUUAGGGUUGCGAUAGGAGUGUGUGUGUGUUAGGGUUGCGAUAGGAGUGUGUUGUGGUGUGUGUGUGUGUGUGUGUGUGUGUGUGUGUGUUAGGGUUGUGAUAGGAGUGUGUUGUGGUGUGUGUGUGUUAGGGUUGCGAUAGGAGUGUGUUGUGGUGUGUGUGUGUGUUAGGGUUGUGAUAGGUAUGUGUGUUAGGGUUGUGAUAGGUAAUGCUGACAACACCGGCCACGUGCGUGCGAAUGCAUGUGCCAUUGCGCGCAUGAUGAUUUUGUACAUCCACACCAGACGCGAUCGUGACACGCAGGUUGAAAUAUCAAAACCAACGAUAUUAAUUUGGAGGCAGGUCGAAACAUUCAUGGACAUUUAGCUAGCUAGCUGUUGAGACUGCUAGUUAGUCCUGGGAGAUGCACAUUGGGUUGAUAUUUUACCUGACAUGCAUAUGGUCUUCUAACUUUAACAUUUUGACCCGGAGUCAUACAAAGUCUUGUUCCUCUACUCUGACGAUUAAUCCACAGAUAAAAAAUGAAAACCUACUUAGUUUUGUUAUAUUUAAUUAAUCUCUCCUCCUGUGUUUGUCAAGCAUCCACGUGGGUCUGUAUCUUCCUGAUAUUCAAUCAGGAGGGGACUUGCAGUCCGUGGAGCGUCUCAAAUAGAACCAAGUUCUAUUUUAGCGUGUGGCUAUGCAGACGCUCAUGCAGACGCUCGUUCAAGCACGUGAGCGGUGCGUACCAAAUGAUUGAAUAAUAUAUACUGUAUGUGUCCAUUUAUUUUGCAACACUCGUGCACACAAUGUGGCCUGUGAGGUUUGCGUGUUAGAGUUGUGAUAGGAGUGUGUGUGUGUGUGUGUGUUAGGGGUGUCUGAAAACAGAUGUUCUGUACGAGUAGUGGCUGCAACAGCCUCACCUGCAAUAGCCCACAGACUUUCUACUCUUGUGCUUUUUUUUUGUAGGUCUCAUUGUAAUAACCCAGUCAGUAUGCAUUUGUAUGUUGUAUCUGUAUAUUUGUAUAUAUAAUUACUGAUGGUUGGAACAGCACAAUGUUGACAGUAUUAUGUAACUCCAGUAGAAUUCCCACUACUGUGGACUGACUGUGGAUGAAGCUCUGUGAGUGUUGACUAGCCCAUAGGAAUAGAAGGGCUAGAACGGACGGACAUAGUUUUAAAUUCAUAUAGUAUGUUGAAUCACACAUUUGCUCUUAUUGUAGCAGAAUAGUAUCAAAUAUGUAUUAAACUUUCCCAAUAUGGCAGCCAGUCCACCCAAUAUGGACUGUGGCUUUGAACUGGAAUGUUCCUUCUACUCAUUCUAAUUCCAUGGAACAGCCACUGUAUAGGAGGGUCCCUUUACCUUGAUGGCCAUAGUAACAGACGUGUGUACUACAACAAUGUUUCUAUUUAACUGGUAUUUCCGCAUCAAACGUUAGCAUCUGUGUGAUAACACAAGGUAGUUAAUUAAAAGUGACUCUUUCCAAGUCUUAACUGUCAAUAUUAAAGAAACAUUGUUGAUGCAAUGCCACAAUCAUAAACUCAGUCAUUGAUGUUUUAGCAUUUACAUUCUUUGAAAUCAUUCCACAAGCACGGUUUGUAGAAAAGACUUUGCUGCAAACAAGUCUAGUUGAACACACAUCUUCCCUGCAUCCUUUAAACCAAUGGGUAGUGCGUUCUCCCAUGUCAAUGUGUCCUGUUGUCAUGUGAUGUUCUAUUAACUGCUAUGCGCUGUGUGUCUGCUAGACUUAUGCUCCAGGUAGAGGCUGUCCUUAUAGGCACAGAUCUAGGAUCCGUUUACAGUCCACCAAGCCUAACCUUAACCAGUAGGGGUAAAGAUGUAAAACUGACCUUAGAGCAGUGUCUGUGGUUAAAGUCAUCCUACUCCCGGUGUUACUAUAAC